UAUCCUGUGGAGCACCCAGACAAGUUCCUCAAAUUUGGCAUGACCCCAUCAAAAGGGGUUCUGUUCUAUGGGCCACCUGGUUGUGGUAAGACACUGCUGGCCAAAGCCAUUGCCAAUGAAUGCCAGGCAAACUUCAUUUCUAUCAAGGGACCAGAAUUGCUCACCAUGUGGUUUGGCGAGUCUGAAGCUAACGUACGUGAGAUCUUUGACAAGGCCCGCCAAGCAGCCCCUUGUGUGCUCUUCUUUGAUGAGCUGGACUCCAUUGCAAAGGCUCGAGGUGGAAAUAUCGGAGAUGGUGGUGGUGCUGCAGACCGUGUCAUCAACCAGAUCCUGACAGAGAUGGAUGGCAUGUCCACCAAGAAAAACGUCUUCAUCAUUGGUGCCACCAACAGGCCAGACAUCAUUGACCCAGCCAUCUUGCGCCCUGGCCGCCUGGAUCAACUCAUCUACAUCCCCCUGCCUGACGAGAAGUCCCGGGUUGCUAUUCUUAAGGCCAACCUGAGGAAAUCACCAGUUGCCAAG